GUGGUGGUGGUGGUGGUAGUUUUUGGGACUGUCGCAGUUUGACCGCGGGGGGGAUUUUCUUCUAUCCUCCCCCCCGGACAGGAGACUCGGGACACCGGAAAACCCCCGCCGGUAGUGAAAGCCGGGAAUAACGUUCGUUACCCCCCCCUCCCCGAGGCUGUCUGGACCCGAACCGAGCCGAGCCGGUCCAGCCAUGCCGGUCCGGAAGAAAGACGCACAGAGGGCCCUGGUUCUCCUGGAGGAGUACCGAACCAAGCUAAACCACACAGAGGACCGACAGCUGCGACACUCCAUCCAGAGAGUGAUCGACAUCUUCCAGAGUAACCUGUUCCAGGCUCUCAUAGAUAUCCAGGAAUUUUACGAAGUGACCUUAUUGGACAGUCAGAAAUGCGGCGAGUCUUCCAGGGGCGUGGAGCCCAUGCCCCCGGUCAACCUGUGGGACUUCUCCAGCCUUCAAAGCACAACGGUGACCUCUGACACCCUGCCCAGCCUUAGCACCAGCAUCGAGAAGUACCGGCACCACGAUGAGGACAUGUCCCCCCAAGACCAGAGUUCCCCCCAGCUCACCGACGAGGCCCCGGGGCCCGAGCUGGUCCAGGUGGCGGAGAAGAACCUCUCCCAGAUAGAGAACGUGCACGGCUACGUGGCCCACGCACACAUCUCUCCCAUGAAGCAGGCAGAGGCUCCGCCUUCCUCUCCCAUAAUCCCUGUGAUCCCCGUCUCGCCCAUCCCAGCUGAGAGCGCCGCCAUUCCUCCACCUCAGGCCAACCCUCCCCCUGUGGUGGUCAACACGGACAGCCUGGACACACCUCCAUAUGUGAAUGGGACUGAAGCAGAUUAUGAAUAUGAGGAGAUCACACUGGAGCGGGGGAACUCGGGGCUGGGGUUCAGCAUCGCAGGUGGAACAGAUAACCCUCACAUCGGUGAAGACCCCAGCAUCUUCAUCACCAAGGUCAUACCAGGGGGGGCAGCAGCCCAAGAUGGGCGGCUUAGGGUAAAUGAUGUGAUCCUGAGGGUAAAUGAGGCAGAUGUGAGGGACGUGACCCAUAGCAGAGCUGUGGAGGCGCUGAAGGAGGCCGGCUCUCUGGUCAGACUGUACGUCCGCAGGAGGAAACCCCUCUCCGAGAAACUGAUGGAGAUAAAACUGGUGAAGGGUCCCAAAGGUCUUGGUUUCAGUAUAGCGGGCGGAGUGGGGAAUCAGCACAUCCCAGGAGACAACAGCAUCUACGUCACCAAAAUCAUUGAGGGGGGAGCCGCACACCGAGAUGGACGGCUACAGAUCGGAGACAAACUGCUUGCUGUGAACAGCGCCUGCCUGGAGGAAGUGAGCCACGAGCACGCCGUGACGGCACUGAAGAACACGCCCGAUGUGGUCUACCUGAAAGUGGCGAAACCCAACAGUGUCUUCAUGAGUGACAGCUUUGCUCCACCUGACAUCACAAACUCCUACACCCAGCACAUGGAGAACCAUAUCAGCCCCCCCAACUUCCUGGGACAGACCCUUCCGCCCGCCACCUCAGGACGCUACUCCCCCACCCCCAAGAGCAUGCUGGGAGAUGAUGAUGUCACCAGGGAGCCGAGAAAGGUGGUGCUCCACAGAGGAGCGACGGGACUGGGUUUCAACAUCGUGGGCGGGGAGGAUGGAGAAGGCAUUUUCAUCUCUUUCAUCCUGGCGGGAGGACCUGCAGACCUCUGUGGAGAGCUGAGGAAAGGAGACAGACUUGUGUCGGUGAAUGGGGUGGACCUGCGCAGUGCCACCCAUGAACAGGCGGCAGCUGCCCUGAAGAACGCCGGUCAGACCGUCACCAUCGUGGCCCAUUAUAGACCAGAGGAGUACAGUCGCUUUGAGGCCAAGAUCCACGACCUUAGGGAGCAAAUGAUGAACAGCAGCAUCAGCUCUGGAUCUGGAUCACUCAGAACCAGCCAGAAGAGAUCUCUAUAUGUCAGAGCUCUCUUUGACUACGAUAAGACCAAGGACUCCGGGUUGCCCAGCCAAGGGCUAAACUUUAAAUUUGGGGACAUCCUGCAUGUGGUAAACGCGUCCGACGAUGAGUGGUGGCAGGCUAGACAGCUCACUGCCGACGGAGAGCUGGAGGAGGUGGGAGUUAUCCCAAGCAAGCGACGAGUGGAGAAGAAGGAGAGAGCGAGAUUAAAAACAGUCAAGUUCAACUCCAAGUCUCGGGAUCGAGGGCAGUCAGUCAAUGACAAGCGUAAAAAGAACCUCUUUUCCCGAAAGUUUCCUUUCUACAAGAGCAAGGACGCCAGUGAACAGGAAACCAGUGAUGUUGACCAACAUGUGACAUCUAAUGCCAGCGAUAGUGAGAGUAGCUACCGUGGUCAGGAGGAGUAUGUGCUGUCCUAUGAGCCCGUCACCCAGCAGGAAGUAAACUACACUCGACCCGUCAUCAUCUUGGGUCCCAUGAAGGAUCGGAUAAAUGACGACCUCAUCUCUGAGUUCCCUGAUAAGUUCGGCUCCUGUGUUCCUCAUACCACCAGGCCCAAGCGGGACUAUGAAGUGGACGCCAGAGAUUACCACUUUGUGGUGUCCAGGGAACAGAUGGAGAAAGACAUCCAGGACCACAAGUUCAUCGAGGCGGGCCAGUACAACAACCACCUGUAUGGUACCAGCGUGCAGUCUGUACGGGAGGUUGCCGAGAAGGGGAAACACUGUAUCCUAGAUGUUUCUGGAAACGCCAUCAAGAGACUCCAGCUGGCCCAGCUUCAUCCAAUCGCCAUCUUCGUCAAACCCAAAUCUGUGGAGAAUAUCAUGGAGAUGAAUAAAAGGCUGACUGAGGAGCAGGGCAGGAAAACAUUGGACAGAGCCGUCAAACUGGAGCAGGAGUUCACAGAGCAUUUCACAGCCAUCGUCCAGGGAGACACGCUGGAGGAGAUCUACGAGCAGGUCAAACAGAUCAUCGAAGAGCAGUCCGGUCCGUACAUCUGGGUUCAGUCCAAGGAGAAGCUAUGAAGAAGAAAAACUCACCUCCGCCCCCCCCCCCUAUUUAUAUCUUGUUUCUUUCUUCUUUUUUCCACUUUUUUUUUUUUUUAAACCAACCUGAUCUGCUGCAGUGGCAGCUUAUGCACCCCUCUUUCCCAAAGACACACACACACACACACACACACACACACACACACACACACCUCCCUACGCUUGGCUUUCCUCAUUAGAAGGACGGGGGGUAAACCUUCGUCCUGUGGGGGGUUUUACGGCGAGGGUGGAGCGCUCUGGGUGGAAACUUCCAGAAGAGAAUGAUGGUACGACUCCUCCAUGUCUGCAUGAAGAGGAAACACUGAAGAGUACGUCCAGUAGGGAAUUCACAACUGCUGCAUUUUAAUAGUCGUUAACUGCUCCCAAAAAGUAGUUGGUUAAUCGCGGGGAUUUUUUUUUCACUCUAUAACGAUCAAUUCUUGUCAGAAAGGUCUCAAAUACAACCAGUAGAGGGUUAACUAAUGUAGGCGAGACCAACCUGGGGCUAGAUCGAAUAACAGAGUCCUCGAUUGGCUCUGGGACUGUUUACAAAUGAGCCGCAAUCUGAUUGGUCUAAACCCCCAGCAAGCUUGUCUGAGCUGCAGUUGGCUGCAGAAACAACACGACUGCUUUCUUGCAGGUGUUUCGGUUUAACCGGUGACCGUGUUUCAGCCGAGUGCGUCCAUGGUCGUCAUGGUGACAGCAGCUGUUGAAAAGCCUAAAAGCCUUAAAUCAUCUUAAAUUGAAUGUUCAAUACAGUACAUAUAUAGAUAUCGUCUGGUCCCUUUUGUCCUAUGUUGUGUAAAUUAAACGGUGUCGCCAACAAGAAGCAUCCACAUUUCUUAAAGUUACUUUUACUGUGGAGAAGCACGGAUUAGCAGAGCCGCUAGCAUCUAAUGAGGAAUUUGACAUUAUAACGUUACAGGUUAAAUGACUGAAUAUGGGUCGUUUUCCCAUUGAGGAUAACGGUUUAAAAUACAUCACAGAAGCUGAGUCAGUCCAUCUGGACACCGUUUAUUGACAGAAACGUUUCAUCACCACCUAACUGACCUCUUCAGUCUCACCUGACUGCAGGUGUCCCCACCCUUGUAAACAAUACAGUGUCCUCACCUGACUGCAGGUGUCCCCACCCUUAUAAACAAUACAGUGUCCUCACCUGACUGCAGGUGUCCCCACCCUUAUAAACAAUACAGUGUCCUCACCUGACUGCAGGUGUCCCCACCCUUAUAAAUAAUACAGUGGUACAACCACCCACACCAGCAACCAGUUUCAUAUGCAAAUGACCCUGACCAUUAACUAGAGUUACAGUGGUCAUGUGUACUAUUCACAGAGGAUUUGGGGAUGUUUGCAAUCACAGCAUUGUAAGAUGGUAACAGAUGUACUCUUAGCCCCCCCCCCCCCCCCGCGUCUCUGAGAUGGACGGUCCCAGUUCCCUCUUACUAGCUUGGUAGCCCUUGACCGAAGAUUUCUUUUGCAGGCUCCUAGGUCUGUUUA